AUGUCCUCGACUGGAGCAGCCGCCGACGCCGCCCAUGCCGCCCGGGCGGCCGCAGCGGCCACUGAGGCCGAGGUUCUCGACUGGGUUCCGCCCUCGUCUGUGGGCGCCCAGUCGGGCGACGAGGACGAUGAAGUGAUCGCCGGCUUCGCUUCGCCCAUCUUGGGCGCUCCUCCCGCCACUGGCGGGGUGGCAGUGGGCACUCAGACUGAGGCCCAUGUGUUCAUCGCCACCUUUGUGGCUGGGGCCACCAACGGGGAGCUCACCGCGGCCGUCAACGCCUUGUCGGUGGACGAUUUGGCUCGCCUGAUGGCAGCCUGCUCGGCGGCGCAGCCCGCAGCCGGGCCUCCGACGCCUCCUAUUUCGUCGCCGCCGUCUUCAUCAGGGACUACGCCACCCGCGAGCACGGCCUUGCCGGUCCCUUCGGCGGUUUCGGGGGCGCCGCCGGGCGCAAUGCCCGCCAAGGCUUGGCUGGCCCCAUCUGGGGCAUCGUCGUCUGUGGUGCCCGGGCCCUCCGCCGAGGAAGCCCGCAAGUACUGGCUGGAUCAGGAGGCGGCGAUCCACCACGAUGACGCCCCGCCGGGCAUAGGGCACAUCGACGAUGACGACGAGGGCUUGGAGGGCGACACUGGGCUGGACGCCUACCUCGCCGACUUCGACGGCGCCGUGCCCAAGGCCCCGCCAGACACGACUUUUCCCAUGCCCUUCGGGGCAUAUUGCCCGGCGGGCGCCACGGUCCGGUGGCCCAAGCAGCAGGGGAUGGCGCCGCCCCCUCCGCCUCCAUCGACUCCGGCCCCGGCUACCUCGUCUUCUUCGGGGGGACACGCCGGCCAAGCCCAAGGGCGCCAAGCCGCAGAUGAAGUCGCCACCGCCGGAGCUGGUGGCUCAAGGGGCGGCUCCCAAGGUCAAGGCCUUCGCCAAAGCCCCGCCACCUCCGCUGGUGUUGGAGCCGGCCGCGGGGGCGGGCGACCAGGCGACGCCCAAGCGCCAACCCUCUGGGAUGUUCGGCUCGGCCCCGCCCUCAGCGGGCGUGACGGUCGUCAAGAAUGCGCCCGCCAGCGUCGGGCGAUUGAUCAAGAGAACGCCCUCCGGGCCUUGGCCGGCAUGGGGCCCAUGGGCUUUGACGUCACCUACGACGAGAUGCUGCAGCUCCGCAUCCAACGUGAGCUGCGGGAGAUGUCGCUGCAGCCGCCCCCGCCCAAGCCGGCCGGGCAACAGCCGCCGGAGGUGGUCGUCCCGCAGCGGGGGGCGGAUCCGGAGCGGGAUCACCCGCCCAGGUCCCGGGCCGCAGCGGCUACGGGUGUCGACAUCGCCACGACGGCGCCCCAUCUCGGCCAAGGAGAGGCGGAUGCUGAGGCAUUGGAACGGCGUGUGGCAGACGGCAGCUACCACCUGCCGCCUAAUUCCACCGUCGUGGGCAUCUUUCUGCGCGGCCUCCCGCCGGGCGUCCAGGGCGGCAAGCUCCCGCGGGACACGGCACGCGCUACAUCGGCUGGUGCUUCGCCAAGUGCCCCGGCCCCUGGUACAGACCGGAUCGACCGGGCGACCGCGAUCGCUGAGGGCAUCUUGGUGGGGCCCUUUGGGCGUGGCUUUAUCGACCUCGCCCUCUUCUACAUCCUCGCCGUGGCGGGCUCGGCUCGGGCUGGCCAGACCGAACAUUUGCCGGCCAUUAGGGCGGCGGGGGUGAAGUGUAUCCCCGACCUCUUCUCGCUCCUCGACGCCUUGGCUGAGGCGGGCAUAGCGCCGACCGCCAUUGAGGCGCUACUGGCCGCCCCACCGCCACCGGCGGUGGUGACCGAGAUGGCGGUGAUUCAGGCGGCCCACUCGCCUGGGCGGCCCGACGUCCCUCGACGGCGCGCGCAUGUGCGCGCCAGCCUGCACGCUCUGCGGCCGGAGAACCGCAAGCGAUCGGUUGAGGAGCUCCGCGACGGCUAUUUGGCGGAGACCUCCAAAGGGCCCUACGCGUCCAGGCUGAAGACAUGGAUGGCCCUGUCUUACCAGGGCAAGGUCGAUCCCUGGCCUGUUUCCGCCGAGACCAUGGAGGCUCUGGGGGCGGCCUUCAAGAAGGGCGGCUAUCGGAGCGCCAACAAGUACUUCCUGGCCGCCUUCCGUCACCAGGAGCACGACCUCGGACAGGAGGUCUCGCCGGUCCUGCGCCGCCUGGCCAACAGGGCGGUGAAGUCCAUCGUGCGGGGCCUCCUGGGAUGUCAGCUGGAAGGACCCGGCCAGAGUGGAACGGCCCGUCUUUGGUGGCCAUGCCUGCCGCGUGGCGGGGGCGCACGGGGCGUCCCACUGGCGGUGAUCCAGUUGUUGGGGUGUUGGUCGUCCCGCGCCAUUGAGAGGUACACCCAGGCCGCGCCGCUGACCUUGGCACCAUCCGCCCCAUCGUGGGCACUAGUGUCUCAGCCUGGCGGGGGCACCGGCCCUGCCCCUAUUUACUUGGAAAAGACCAGCGGGUCCACCGCCCCGACCCCACGGAGCAGAACUCCGACCGGGCGAGUUGGCGAGCCCGAGGCUGUGGCUGGCCUUAUGGGCCGCCAGUUCUUUAGGAUUUCCGCCGCCCCGUAG